AUGACCCCCCUAACAACCCACCUCAAAACCCUAAACCCAAAAACUUACCUGUCGGCAACUACAUCCCCCUUCCUCGCCGCCGCCGGGAACGGCCACCUCCCCAAACACACCCUCUCCCUCUGGCUCUCCCAAGACCGCCUCUACGCCCAAUCCUACAUCCGCUUCAUCGGCCUCCUCCUCGCAAAAACCCACUUGCCGCACACCCCAUCCCCGCAGAAAACUCUACAGCAGAAGAUCGUCACAACCCUCAUCGACGCGCUGGUGAAUAUCCAGCGCGAACUGGAUUUUUUCGAGGAGGUGGCGGGGGAGUACGGUCUUGAUUUGGCGGUUAAAGGGAAUGGGGAAGGGGAGCGGUUUGGGCCGAAUCCGAUUACGCAGGCGUAUAUUGAUAUGUUCAUGUCGGUGGGGAGUGCGGGGGUGAGUUUGUUGGAGGGGUUGGUGGUUUUGUGGGCGACUGAGGUGUGUUAUUUGCAAGCGUGGGAGGGGGCGAGGGGGUUGAUGGAGGGAACGGGUGGGGGGAAGGAGGGGGAUUUGGAUGGGGGGGCGUUGAGGGAGAGGUUUAUUCCGAAUUGGACGAGUGCUGAUUUUAGGGAGUUUGUGGAGGGGAUUGCGGAGGUUGUGGAUGCCCUGGCGGGGGAGAUUCAGGAUAGGGAGAAGGGGGAGUUAGUCGGACGGUGUGAGAGGUGGUGGAGGCAGGUCAAGUGGUUGGAGGAGCGCUUCUGGCCGGAUGUUCCUAAUCAAGAGUGA